ACAACGGGCACGAUUACAACAAUGGUCGAAGAUCCAUCUGUCAAGAGGCCGUUGGAGCUCGUCGAGGAUGAAGAUGGCAAAUCAAGAGCUAAGCGUUUCAAGAACGAGUCGGAUCAGGCAGGACCAGCGGUCAGCGCUGAGCCUACGGAAGGCUCAGCUCGAGUAGAUAACGCUGAGGAUGAAGCAGAAGACAGCGUCCUGAUCAGACCAAGCUAUCAUGAUGAGCCCGGACCAGUAUCUCGACUGGGACUCAAGCCUAUGCUGCCCGUCCUGCCACCUUCGUUGGAGCUCGUGACGGGCGUCAAGGCCGAUCUGAGAGCUCGAAAGGGGUUCGUAGGGGAAGAAGAAGUUGGUAUCAUCGGUUACGCUGGACCUAGUGGCGUCAGUGGGAUUAAGGGGGUGAUCAAACAGAGGUUCACAGACUUCCUGGUCAACGAGGUGCUAUUAAACGGCACAGUGCUGCACCUCAAAGACAUCCGAAAGCCACAGGAACCCGAGACGAAAUCUCAAGACAAGGGCAAAGCUAAGGCUGUGGCAGGCGCAGCGGAAGGACCCGAGGAGCCACAAGCUCAAGAGCCCCCUACAGAGGAAUCUCCGAAAGAUACUCAGAUUGACCUGCCUGAAGAGCUUCAGUUCCCAGCUCAUCCAUCCUGGACGCUGUCCACGACGAAGGGCCUACGACCCCAUCUGUCCGACUCGACUAUCAAAUCCUUCUAUAACCUGUUAGUGGAAGGGAAAGAUCCUCCUCCGAAGCAAGAUUCUGGCUGGGGUCAACGAAAACCCAAGGAGGCAGGAGCAGGAGAAGAGGCAGCCAUGAAUCUUGAUUCGUUGACCCAAGAUACAUCCGCGGCCGGUGGACAUGGACGAGGCUUUCCGCAGGGACGCGAUCGAGGUAGAGGAAGAGAUGGACGGGGCAGGGGUGGGCGUGGUGGCAGAGGUGGAGGAGGCGGCUCCAAUGGCGAGUGGUGGACUGCAAAUGGCGAUGAUCGAGAAGUUCUAUCACAACCAAUGGCGGACAAGGAACAGCGGGCUGCUGCACACAAAGCAGUCCGCGAGCAUCUCAAUGGGCUCUUUGAGACUUCCUCUCGGGAAGCGCCCGGAGGUGGUCAGGUCCUCGUGAUCAAAUGGGCCAGGCAACAAUCUCGUCGUGCGCCAAAUGACCGCGAUCGAGAUCAACCCAAACUUCCCCAGUACAUCCACUUCACGAUGCACAAGUCGAAUCGCGAAACACAAGAUGCGUUGUCUCAUCUCGCCAGAUCUCUGGGAUGUUACCCUAAAGAUCUCACAGUCUGCGGGACGAAAGACAAACGGGCAGUUACUGUCCAACGAGUAUGUCUCAAGCGCGGGAACCGAAAUCUUGUCAGCGUUUGGAGGGCGGCCAAUCAAGUUGGCAAAGGACGCAGAAGUGAGGAAGAUGUCGAGUGUACAAGGGGAGACCGAGGUGUCAGGAUUGGAGAUCUCGAGUACUCUACAAAGUACCUCGAUCUCGGUAUGCUCAACGGGAAUAGGUUUUUAAUUACCUUGAGAAACAUUCAAAAUGACUCUGAGGCCGAUUUAGACACUGUUCUAGGAUCAUUGCGGGAUCGUGGUUUCGUCAACUUCUACGGCAUGCAACGCUUCGGCACGUCGACGGUUCCGACUCACGUUACCGGCCUCCACAUUCUCCGCGGGGACUGGGGACUGGCUCUCGAUUCUAUUCUUUCGUUGAGAGAAGGGGAGCAUCCGGAUUGCGUUCGAGCCAGGUUGGCUUGGCUGGAAGAUCAAGACUACGAGAAAGCUCUGCAGCUCAUGCCGCGACGCAGUGUGGCUGAGAGAUCUAUCUGGGAGUUCUACAAGCGAGGAGGAUCCUUGACCGACAAGGUUGGCGCUCUGAGUAGCAUUCCUAGGAACCUCAGGACUAUCUACGUCCACGCGUAUCAGAGUUUCGUUUGGAACCUCAUCACGUCAGAGAGGAUAAAAUUGUCCGCGACAGAAACACUUGUCGGUGACUUGGUCUUUGAGCACGGCAAGGAAAAUCCGAACAGCUCGAAAUCGGGCCAAAAUGGAAAAGCAAGGACCAAAAAUGACACUUCCGAAUCGUCGUCCUCUCAGGAUGUCAAGGUGUUGACAGAAGCGGACGUGUCACAGUACAAGAUCACUGAUGUCGUCUUACCCUUACCUGGAUGGAAUGUGGAUUAUCCAAGUGGCACCAUUGGAGAGCUUUACGAAAAAGUCUUGGCCGCAGACGGUCUAAACAUUCAUCGAAUGAGAAGGGAUCAAAGAGAAUACUCUCUGCCUGGUGGAUACCGGCCCAUCAUUCUUCGUCCAGCUCACUGUUCAUGGUCUCAUAUGCGAUACACGGACCCCGAUAUCGCGCUCGUUCAAUCUGAUGAAGAUAAAUUACUCGAUUUGAACCCUCCGGCUCCUCAUGAUCCUGAUGGCAAAUUCCAAGCGUUGAAAUUGGACCUCGAGCUUGGGCCGAGUGUUUACGCUACAAUGGCGUUGAGGGAAGUCACAAGGGAGGAGACGAGUACAUGGCAUCAGAUUGGCUUGACGAUGCAAAGUGGAGAUCAAGAGUUCAAAGGGGUAGGCGGGGCAGCCGCAGCAGCCAGUGGAGAAGACGAUGCGAGAGAUAAUGGCGCUCUGGCAGAGUAGAACGAAAAGGAAUA